CUGCUGUGGUGCUAAAUUGCUGCUGCAGCAACGAGAGCCGCGUGUCUUCGACGGCGAAAUCAUCUGUCUGCGAUGUGGUACGGCGAAUCACACGCCCGAUAUGUUCCGAUAUUUUGCGACGAACGAAGGGGAACGUCGUGGAUCACAACAAGGGAGUAUCAAGAACAUAGGCGCGCCUUCAUCAGGAUCUGUUUCGCCUCAGGAGCAGCAGAAGAAUGGUUGUGUCGUGCCUUCUUCUAACGUAGAGGAUCUAGCGCUUCCAGAAAAGUCUUCACCUGGAGGAGGAGCUCCAGGAGCUGCUCUGUCGACCUACAGUACGCCCAGCAGGCGCGAAGCCAGGCGCCACAUGUUUAGGGAGGAUCAGCCUUUGAGCAGCGAGUUCCUCUUUGCUGUCCUAGACAACGACGAACACAACAGACGAAGGCUGACUGCUCUGCAGUACCGGAAUCUGAACAACGGGUGCCGCUGGCUCUAUGGUUCGGUAGAGGAGAAGUCGCCGAGUCGACCUGGGAGUCGGCAUGAGUCGCCGCCACUGCAGAACGACAAGAAUGCUGAAGGGAGGACGAGGACAUUAGCAGCUCGCAGCACCAAGAUCUUCAAUGAGGCAACAAGAACUUCUCAGGAGAUUCAUCAGAAAGUGAAAAAAGUUUUGAAAAUGAAUGUUGGUCUUCGUGGUCGUGGACUUGUGUCCUCUUCCCGCUCGCCGUCCCCAGAACAGCAUCUCCGUGUGCCCUCACUGUCAGCACUCCGCACCCCCAGGCGACGCCACGGCCAUCGCGAUAAGAUGAACCCGAGUUCCUCGCCGGAUGGAAAUUUAUGGUCAGCUUUUUCCAUCAUUCUCGGCAUCUUGGUCCCCUGGUCCCUUGUAGUUGUACCUAUUCUCCUCGUGCAAUACAAGGUAAAAGGACUCAAGAUGAGGGGGCCGAGAUGCAAUCUAGCAGACUCUAAGAAAUGGAGGAACAAGUAUUGGAACGCCACGGGUCUUGCUACCCGAACGAAUGAAGUACUCAGAUUUCGAAUACGACUUGGCACGGCUCGAGGGUCGCGUCCACAAUCCGAAGGCUAGAGGAUUUACAAGUAGUUCCGGCUCCUCGUCUUCAGAUGAAGAACACCUUCAGACUCAAGAGGCGUCUUACGACUUGUACGGUGGCACUAACUUAGGUUCGCCGAAUGGAAAUAAUGCAGGGAUGAAGAUGGCUGCGACUGCCUCAGGGACGUCGAUUUUUCCAGCUCAGUUCGAGGUAAGCGAGACAACAGCAUUCGCGAGUGUGGUAAGUGGUUUUGUUUCAGCACCAAGUGGAAAGCAACUUCUUGUUGAUCAUCAGCGAGGGUCUGUUGGAUCAUCCCCACCACACUUGGGGUCCUCGCCAGGCGGUUCACCAGGUGGCUCGCUCUACUCCCCAGUGGGUGGAGUGCGCUCAAGAAGACGUUUGACACGAAAAGAGAGAGUUUUGAUGCAACGUCAGGCCAGGAUGGCGCAGCUACAUGGCGAACAAGACGCAGGCCUGUUGUCUUGGGCACAGUCAAGGGGUAUAUCUGUGUCCCCUGAUCUUCCAGAUGUGGACAACAACGACAGCACUUCCAAGACUGGACCUCGAGUCGUUCAGUUUGAUGAUGGAGUGACUGUUGAUCUGGACGCAAUCGAUGGAGAUCGAAAAAACCCACCUCCAGCGUCAUCUUCAUUGAUUGCUUCAUCUUCUAGUACAGCUGCGUUGAUCAAGAGAGCAGGAGGGGCGACGUCCUCCUCCUCUGCAGCUGGCGGGAGACUUCUUGGUGAUGAGAACGGAACUGAAGCUGGAAGGUCUAAUGGUGUUCGACCUCCAGACAUCCACAACAACAACCGUACCACUUUUAGGAACAGCUUGUCUCCUAGAAGAAGUCCGAUUUCGCCUUUGCUUCCUCCGCAGCUCUUGAUGGACCACCAGCAUCAAAAUUCAGUGUCACCUCGAACAAGAAAGAAGGGCACCGAGCACGAAUCCUUCCGCAGAGUGGCACAGCCACGCCAAAUAGCUCUUCCAGGAGCUUUUGCUCGACAAAGGUGGCAAGCUCUGGCACGACAUCCGUUGGACCGAUCUAUUGCGGUACAGAGGAACGUUGAAAAAUUUUUGAAGACCUUCUUUUGGCGUGAGCGCUUUGACGUGGAGGACGUCGCAGUAGUGCAACACCUGGUCUUCGUCACGCAACUGCCGCAAGAGAGAGCACUCUACCUUCACAAACUGCACUCUUCGCCGGCCGCUGCCACUGUCUCCUCGAACUUGCACAAUUUUCUGGACUAUUCUAGUAAGAUUGAGCUGCCGAGUCCGAAAGCAGGUAGGAGAUUGACACUGCCUUCAUCGUCAUCUGGACCUGGAGUUAAGGCUUCCCCGAAUCCAUCCCUGCAGACAUCCCUCAAACAUAUGCGCCCCUUUUUUUUUUUGAGUUACUGAGGGAUUUCCGCAGGAGAUACUGACGCAUAUGCUUGAGGGAUUUCCACAGGGAUGAAUAGGGGAGAGCUCUAAUGGAGGCGAAGAUCUUCAACAACAUAUUGAUCACGAAAUAAAGAAUGCAAUAACACUAACAAAACGAGGAAGUAGUGCAGAUGAUGAUGCAGAAGGACAAGGACAGCUCUUCAGUGCUGCAAGGAAGCGAGAUAAUAUUGAUAAGGUUUUCAUGAAACUUCCUCUUCCUCAGCGCCUCCCCCAAGUCGAACUAGACCGUCGUCGCGAGCUUCUCAGGGUUUGCUCUCACUUCACCGGUGAGGGGGUGUCCGGAGAGUGUGCUCGAGUCCUGGAAGCUAAGCGGUCCGCCGUCGAGAGACCACUAGAAUCUUGCUUGUGCGCGCUGUUGCAAGUGGAGACCUUCGUGCGGGUUUUUGGUGCGAAGAUCGUUAGUGCAGGGAGAAAGGACCUGUUAUCAUCCGACGAGGAGAUAUUUGAGGUGAAUAACAGUAAAAAUCGAGGAACUUCUACGAGUCGUGGACGAUUUAUUGGGCGGGAAGCAG